AUGCAGACGUUAAUGCCCCCACCUCAGAUUUAUGUUGAAAGAACCCUGGCAAUCAUUAAGCCAGAUAUCAUCCACAAAGAAGAUGAAAUAGAAGAUAUCAUUCUCAGAUCAGGAUUCACUAUUGUACAGAAACGAAAGAUCCAACUAAGUCCUGAGCAGUGUAGCAAUUUCUACGUAGAACAGUAUGGGAAAAUGUUUUUUCCUAACUUAACAGCAUAUAUGAGUUCUGGGCCUUUAAUUGCAAUGGUUCUUGCUCGUCAUUGUGCUAUCUCAUACUGGAAGGAGCUGCUUGGACCAGCAAAUACCAUAAUAGCUAAGGAAAACUACCCUGAUAGUUUAAGAGCGAUCUAUGGGACAGAUGACCUGAGGAAUGCACUUCAUGGCAGUUCUAGCUUUUCCGCAGCUGAAAGGGAAAUCCGGUUCAUGUUUCCCGAAGUGGUUAUUGAACCAAUCCCAGUUGGACAAGCUGCUAAGGAUUACCUAACCCGCUAUGUCACUCCGACGCUGCUAAAAGGACUUACAGCACUGUGUAAGAAGAAACCAGCAGAUCCUUUUACUUGGCUGGCUGAUUGGCUAAUUGAACAUAAUCCCAACACACCUCAGCUGCGACAUAACGUGAUUGUGGAGGAGCCUUAA